AUGGUAGAGUCUUUAAAAGAAGGGUCAAAGAAGAAAACUAUUGAAAACAUAGAAGAGGAAGUCGAAGAAACUCAUGUUGAAUCACCAAAUGUCACAAGUAGUGUGAGGAAGAGGAAAGCUUCUGGGAGCAUAGACAAUUUUUUUGCUCCUAGGACAACUCCUGAUUCCCAACCUGGCAUUAAGAGUGCAUUAGCAACUAAAGAAGCAAAGCAUAAUGUGAAAAUGUUGAUUGUUGAAUGGGCUAUUGUAAACUGCAUUCCGUUUAAGGCGUUUGAUUGUCCUUUAUUUCAAAAAGCUGUGGAUGGCAUUGCUUCAAUAGGGCCUGGGUUUAAAGCUCCUAGUGCUUAUGAUUUUAAAACUAACUUGUUGAGUGACUGGAGAAAAGAAUGUCAGUUACUCAUUGAUAGCCAUCGUGCUAAAUGGAAAAACAAUGGUUGCACACUCAUGGCUGAUGGAUGGACUGAUAUUAGACAGCGUACCUUGAUAAACUUCUUAGUGUAUUCUACACAUGGUAUGGUAUUUGUGAAGUCUGUUGAUGCAUCAGAUCUAGUUAAAGAUGCCAAAACUCUAUUCACACUAUUUUGUGAAGUCAUUGAGUGGAUUGGUCCUAAAAAUAUUGUUCAUGUGGUGACUGACAAUGCAGCUAACUAUGUAGCAUGUGGUAGAUUGAUUAAAGAGAAGUAUAAAAGUAUUUAUUGGUCACCUUGUGCUGCACAUUGUUUGAAUCUUGUAUUGAAAGACUUUUCAAGCAUGCCUCAUGUGUCAGACCUCGAAUCAAAGGCAUCAAAGAUAACUGUAUUUGCAUAUAAUCAUAUGGUUUUCUUAUCGUGGUUGAAGAGAAGACCAACUUGGAAAGAAAUUGUGCGUCCUGGUGCCACGAGGUUUGCUACCACAUUUAUUACAUUGCACAGCAUAUAUAUGCACAAGAAUGACUUGCAAGCUUUAGUUGUUGAUAAACACUUUGUGGACCACAAAUUAUCAAGGACUGAAGCAGGAAAAAAUUUUAGUGCAUGCGAAGGGCGAAAAUGGCAAUUAAGGAGAUGUUUAAGAAGAACAAGGAGCUGUAUAAGCCCUACACAACAAUCAUUCAAACUCAAUGAGACAAGCAUUUAA